AUGUGUGCAAAGGUGAGCGAUGCGGCCGCCUCAUCAACCCCAGCAGGCAGUCCACACGGCGCAACCCAGGCUGUAGUGAGUCCCUCGAGUUCGUCAAAGAAAAGCGGCAAUUGGAAAGGUUUCGUAGCGGGAAUUUUCAGUGGCAUCACGAAAUUGAGCGUCGGACACCCUUUCGACACGAUCAAGGUCCGUUUGCAAACCUCAAAACAUGACCAGUUCAAAGGGCCGUUGGACUGCCUCAUGCAGACUUUGCGCAAGGAAGGUGUUAACGGCAUUUACAAGGGUGCCACGCCGCCUUUAAUAGGGUGGAUGUGCAUGGACUCGUUGAUGCUAGGCUCCCUCACGUUGUAUCGGCGGUUGUUGAAUGAGCACGUUUUCCAACCUCUUCGAGCUCGGCCCAAUCAUCCCGCAGUCUACUUGCCUGACGAGGAACGCAAGAAACUCCCUGCAGUCGGUCACGGCAUUGCGGGCAUGCUCGCGGGCUGGACUGUAUCCUUCAUCGCGGCUCCAGUGGAGCAUGUAAAGGCUCGUCUGCAAGUCCAAUACCAAGCGAACAAGACAGAGCGUCUCUACGCAGGACCGAUUGACUGCGCUCGCAAGAUCUACCGUGGCCAUGGGGUUCCGGGACUAUAUCAUGGACUCUUGGCCACUUGUAUCUUUAGGACUUUCUUCUUUGCUUGGUGGGGAACCUACGACAUUUUCACUCGUUGGUUUCAGAAGAACACGACCAUGUCCGCGCCGGCGGUGAAUUUCUGGGCUGGUGGCUUGAGCGCUCAGAUCUUCUGGCUCACUUGCUAUCCCUCUGAUGUCGUAAAGCAAAGAAUCAUGACAGAUCCUCUCGAAGCCGAUAAAAGGAAGUUCCCCCGAUGGCGAAAUGCCGCAGUGGCGGUGUAUCGAGAGAGCGGAUGGAAGGGAUAUUGGAGAGGAUUUGUGCCAUGCUUUCUGAGAGCUUUCCCAGCAAAUGCGAUGGCGUUGGUGGCAUUUGAAGGCGUCAUGCGAGCGUUGAACAAGAGCGAUGCAUAG